AUGGCAACGCAGACCACCACCAUCUCAGAAACCAAGGCUCCGGCUCGGACGUCAGCCCAGCAAAACAAGGAAUUGGUAGAGGAUGCUCUGAAAGUGCACACCAAACCACUAUGGACGCAAAUGGCAAAGCUAAACCCUCCCGCUCCCAAUCCUACCUGUAUCCCACACAUCUGGCGAUACGAUGAGGUUCGACCAAGUCUGCUCCGCGCUGGGGAGAUUGUUCCAGAAGAACAGGCAGAACGGCGGGUGCUGAUGCUGGUCAAUCCUGCUAGAGAUGCUCCAUAUACGACCGAUACUUUAUACGCUGGACUUCAGCUUGUUAUGCCAAACGAGACAGCAAAGGCUCACCGACACACUGCGUUUGCGAUGCGUUUUAUCAUCGAGGGUACAGGUGGCUUCACCGCCGUUCACGGUAAACGUAUCACCAUGCAAAGGGGGGACGUUAUACUCACACCCACCUGGAAUUGGCAUGACCACGGCAAGGACGGCUCAGGUCCAAUGAUCUGGCUAGACGGGCUUGACCUUCCCAACUUCCGACAUUUCCCAGUUCACUUCGUCGAACACUACCAAGACCCAAGAUAUCCAGCCAAGGACGUUGACUCAAGCGAUUCGCCAAUUGUCUUCCCCUGGACGGCGAUGCAGCAAAGACUGGACGAGAAAUCAGGCAACUGGACGUCGGAGGAUUAUCUGAAGAAGGAUGGAAGAUCGGUCUCAAAGAUUCUUGGUGGAUCGGCUGAACGACUCAAUGCAGGUACUCAAUCUCCUGCAGUGCGUGAGACGGCUUCCUCCGUCUACCACAUCGUCACUGGCAAAGGGUACAGCGAAGUCAACGGACAACGCAUCCAGUGGAAGCAGGGUGACACUUUUUGCGUGCCGGCAUGGAAUAAAUAUCAGCACAGCGCGGAGGGUGAGGAGACUGUGUAUCUGUACAGAUUCCACGAUAAGCCCAUGUUGACCUCCCUUGGAUUUUAUCGGGUUGAGGGUGUCGAUGUCGAAACCCUUGUGUCGGACUAA